ACAGAUAAUGCAUUUCAAUAGAGGAAGUUGUUCCAGGGAGAGGUUGGCAAUAACAGGAUUCUUCCCGGAAUGAAAAAAAAAAAAUCAAUAUGAGCUGGAAAACAUUUGACUUCAUAAAAGGGAUCGACUUAGAAAUUGAACUGGGCACACGUUCUGCUGUUUAAGCAAAGACUGAGGCCCAUUCUGACAGCACAGCAGAGCCCGGAGCUCCGGCUGGGUGUUUCUCUUUAAUUCUGCGGCAUCUCUCACUGUACGGGGGCCUGUUGUUGUGGAGGAGGAGGGCGGGCCGUGGACGAAGCAGAUUUUGGACCGUAAACUAACCGGUGAUGCGACAAGGACAGGACAUGGACUCGGGAUGGUGUCUGCGCGGAGCCGGUCUCAUGUGAUCUGCAUUAACUGAAUUUGUGACUGCAAAAAAAAAAAGCCGGACGGAGGCCGAGUCUGUCUGGAAACUGACCUCGGGUAAACCCCCCCCUCCGAGGCUCGGUGGAAUUUGGAGGUUUUUCUGCAGAGGUAUUUCUGCGCAGCGCGGAAACUCGGGCGCAUCGCGCAGGGGGUUGGUGUGUGUGUGUGGGGUGGUGGUGGGGGGAGAUGAUCACCGGAUCAACUCACAAGACACGCCACUAACUAGCCUAAAGUACGACUGUCAGGGUCCACAAGAGGCGAUACAAGAUGAUGUCACUGAUAGAUCUGGACGACGACCAGCGGUGGGUGCCCACUCACGUGAAUGUCACCGUCCUCCGCGCCAAGGGGCUGCGCACCAAGGGCAAGCACGGCAGCCGCUACCUGUACACCAUCAUCCAGGUGGGCAAGGAGAAGUACACCACCGGGCUGGUGGAGAAGGUGGAGGUGCCCGAGUGGAACGAGGAAUGCUGCUUCGAGCUGCUGCCCGGCAUCCUGGAGGAGGGCGGCCGGAGCGCGUACCCCCCGGGGAGCGGGGACCUGGUCCUCACCGUCAUGCACCGGGUGCUCAUCGGACUGGACGUGUUCCUCGGGCAAACCAUCAUCCCCCUUGAUAAGAUCUUCCACGACGGAGAGUGUCCGAGAGAUGAAUGGUUCAAGCUCAACUCUAAGGCAGGAAGGAAGGAGAAGGAACGUGGUGCUCUCCAGGUGACGGUCCAGUUCACCCGCAACAACAUGACGGCCAGUAUGUUCGACCUCACCAUGAAGGAAAAGCCCCGCUCCGCGUUCGGCAAACUCAAGGACCGAGUCACCGGGAGAAAGAGGGGGGACGUGGAGUCUUCCUCUGCCAUCGUACCGGGCCGCUAUGCUGCCCUCUCCGGGUCGCUGGGGCAACCCUUCGGAGAAGGAGGAGGAGGGGCGGUGGAAUCGCGAGACGCGGAGAUAACGGAGGAGAAGAGGAGCAAGAUGAAGGAUUUCUUCAGAGGGAGGCUGAGAAAGUCGUCCGACACCAGGUCAUGCUCAUCACUGGCUUCAGAGAGCAGCGUGUCUUCCAUGGCCAGCGAUAACCUCGGCCCUCCGCCCAGCCUUGAUCUUUUGUCAGACCCCCCCAGCUCCCCCAUCUACACAAGCAAAGUGAGAGUCGACUCCCUCCAUGGAGAAACAGAUUUAGCCAAGAAAGUGCUCACCAGCCAGCACACCACCAAGGUGCUGACACACAAGCGAGCCCUCAGCGAUGAGGCCAGUAAGAUCACUACAGCCUUCCCCCGAUCCAGUGUUGCAGUGGAGUCUCUCAAAGGUCAGACCAUGACUCAGUCCAAGUCGUCCUUGUGUAUAAAUGGAAGCCACGUGUACGACUCAGAGCCGUCGACUCCGAAGAGCUCUGGAGCGCUGCCAUCGAAACUGGUUCUGCUGGAGAAGUGCUCCCCUCUGUCUCGCUCUCUGCAGAAUCUCACCAAAAAAAGCGAGGACAAAAGUUCCUUUGCAGAGGGAAGACGUUGGUCCUUUGACAAGUUGAAAAAAGAGGAAAAGGAGGAGGAAAAACAGGCCCAGUCUUCAUCUGCCCAAGUUCAGGAGGCUCAGACGGGGGGCCGCUCUGCGGAGGCAGCCCUGCCAAUGGUCUCCUCAGCUACCAGCUCACCUGAGAAAGGCAGGAAGUUCAGAAAGACGCUGUUCUCUGCAGGGAGGAGUGAUUCCCUCCCAGCUAAGACGGACCAGGCCGGCUCUGCAUCUGAAGGCAGGUUCAGAGGCUGGUUUGGCUCUGGCGACUCUCAGAACAAGCCAAGGCUGGAAGUUUCUCCUAAGGUAGAAAGCAGCUCAGAUGCAUCUCCUCCCCACCCUCCUUGCUCCCCUGUACCUCCUCAGUGCUCCUCUCCCUGUGCCUCCCCCUCUAGUCAUGUCUCACCUGAUAACUGCAGCCACAUCAAUCUCUUCACCCCCUCCUCCUCCCCCUCCUCAGCUCCCCUCUCUCCUACCAACCCUUUCCUCACACAUAUGCAGCAAAACCCUUUUUUUGAGGAGUGUGUAGCAGAAGAGUUGCAGAAAUCGCCUCCUUUGGCCCCGUGUUCCUCCCCUGGCUCCUCCCCAUUUCAUUACACCACUCUGCCCACCCAGCCCUGUGCACACAGCUCUGUUCUUGAAGUCGUUGAUUCAAACAAGGUUCCCAUAAAGCGUGAGCGUCCAAGGCCAGUCGCUAGGCAGAUAUCCCUCCCUGCGUUAUUACCCAAAGCAGCCGCACUUAACUCCCCGAACCACUCCGCCCCCUGCCCCACGUCUGAAAGUGCAGGGGAGUGGGAUGAGUCGUUUGACGCCUUUGCCUCGAGCCGGCUGAACUCUCCUAAGAAUCGUCUUCCCCCAAAACAGCCUACAACCAGCCCGGCUUCAUCUCGUAAACGUGGUUACCCCCCUGUUGAUAACGCGGGUAACCACAUGCAACACUUGGAAAUGUGCAAAGAGGAGCUUCCACCUUUGCCUCCAAGGAGAGUUUUACGGACUUCGGUGAAUGAGCUGUUCUCAGAUGGCUGGCUGCACAGAGGCCAGGAGCUAGCGGUCCACAAAGAAGCCUACCUCCUCUCACAGACGGGUGUGGCCUCACUACAACACGGCAAAGAGAGUGACGGCAAAAGAAACAGCAUAUCCCCGGACCCUCACACUAGCAGCGAGACCUCGGACUCUCACAGUGUCCACUCCCAGCCGUACAGAAGCUGCAUGUCUCCUGAGGUAACAUCCGAAGAGGCUCUGAAGAAGUCCAGAUACGAACCCCUGGAGGAUCAAACUGACUGCUGGGGAGGGAUGUUGUUUGAGCAGGACUUGUAUGGACGUGUAUGCGGAGGAAAUUACUCUCAGCCCAGAAUGAGCAGUCAUCAUUUAUCAGUGAGCCCUGAAGAAACGGCUGCAAAUAAGAUCGCAUCUAAGAACUCGAGAUCUCAGAAACUUGAUGAAAACAACGUAUCUACGAGUGACGUUUUCAAUUUGCUCUCCUCUAUUCCCUCCAAGGCCUCAGAAAACUUUGGCUCUACAGCGAAAGAGACAAUUGAAAGUAAUCUGUGUGAAACGACAUGUGUGAACAAUAACAUAACUUUCUCAUUAACAUUAGGCGAUCUGAACAUGAAUGUGGACAACUCAGACUUUGGCUUUAUUGAUUCUGAUGGAUCCUCUCCAUCAGAAGCAGCUGAUACGGUUAAAGAUAUCGCUAAUUUGAGUGAGACAUAUCUACCAGAAGAUUUGCAGGUCGCCAAUCUUCAGAAGGAGACCACCCUUGAAGAUUUGUUCACUUUGAAGGACACCUACAUUGCUACAAGGAACUCCUCUUUCGAAAUAACUACAUCCUCUAACAGACUCUGCAAAGUACCUCCAGUUUGCCAAGACAACAGCAAUGAUUGCCAGUGUGAACAGAGUAAUGCCCCACCGUUUAGUACCAGCCCAGAGACUGCAGCUUCAGCACCACAAAAUCCAGUUUCUAAUUCAGCUGUGGCUGGAAACGAGUGUAUAGAAGGACAAAGAACAAGAAAUAGAACACAGAACACAGAGAAGGACCGUGACGAUAAUGGAAACCCGGAAGACAAGUCAAACCCAACUGGGUCAUUUCCAGGAGUUGUCAGCGCACGGAUCAGACCAAGAGGAGUUUCCCGACAAAACAGCAGUGACAGCCCAAACAGCCGAAACAGAAGCAGGGAUGAGGAGUUUGAGCAGUUUUUAUCCCUUGUUCAAAACAUUUCAGAGGUGAGUGAAGGACCACUAUCUUAUCAGCCCACCAAAGCUGCUCUCUCUUCCAUAAAAGCAUCUGAUAAACACACCAGUGUGCUGCAAGAUGUUGUCAUCAGUGACCAAAUACAGAAAAAUGAGUCCUACAGAUCACCAGAAACCCCACUGAGGGACGGCACAGCAUCAGAAAAACCCUCUGAGAUCAGUUUUGAAGACCUCCAUGCAAAGGUUGCCCCGAACUGCAGAACCCCUUCCAAGACAAAGAUUGGGAAAUCUUUGCAAGAACCUGAAUCCUGUUCUCCCUCCACCCAUUCCGCACUCUCCCUACCAGCUGAUUCCCCUGUCUGUUGCCCCCCCAUACAUCCCUUAACCACGGGGCCCAAUGGUGGAGCUGGCACUGCGCUGGCCGUGGCUCCCUACACCUCCUCCUACUCUUCCACCUCCACCACUGACCAGCCCCUGGUCGAUGCACGCCACUCACUUUUGCCUGAGGAGACACAGCCUGCUAGCAACCUGCCCCGUCAGGAGAGCAGACCUCAUCCAGUGAAACCAUUAACGUCCAGCCAGUCAGAGAAGAAGGACAAUCGUUCAGUUCUUGAGAAGCUCAAAUCCACCAUCCACCCUGGACGCACGACCCAUCUGGUUGCAGCUGAACCUGAGAAGAACGAGGAGCCAGCAGUGGACAGAGCAGCCCAGUACCAGCAGCUGACCAACAUGGAGCUGAUCUCCCUGCUCCUGCAGCAGGAGAUGGACAUGCAGGAGCAGCAGGCGGCCUCCGAGCAGCAGGGGGCGCAGCUGGAGAAGUGUGAAGCCGAGCUGAAAAAGGUCAAAUUGCAAGUCCGAGACCUGGAGGACUACAUUGAUAAUCUGCUACUGCGGAUUAUAGAGCAGACACCCACCUUGCUCCAAGUGCGCUCCAGGCACAAGUGACGACGUUUCCAGUGUACAAUUUUGUGUACUGCACAUGAUGUAUGGGCUCUGGAAUACAGCUUACAUGGAGCUCUUAUUCCUGAGGCUUUCACAGUCAAACAAAAGCUCCACGAGUUUUGAUCUCUCAAUCAUCCAGGUCUUCUCACUGCUGAUACUGCCCUGUUGAUGUAGACACGAUAUUACCCAUGAUGCAUGCAAGUUACUGUCCCUAUUUGGCGUAAAGGGAAACCAAAACAAUAUGCUAUGAGAAAAAGCUCCUAUGCAAACGGAUGCAAAAUGGCUAAUUAACACAUGCUUCCUAGAAUGCGUAAAGGUAGUCAGCUCUUGUCAGUUUGCUCUUAAAAUCACUGCUUUUAAAUGUGUGCUGAAAUGAGCCCAGGCUGAGGAGCAUUUCAGAGUGCUCUGGAUGAACUCCUCUGGGAAUAAACAUCAUGUUAGUGUCUCGUGUCCUUGUGACGAUUUUCAUAUUGUUUUGUAUCAGUUAGUUCCAACUGCAGUGGAGAUUUCUGAAAGUUCACUUCAGCUGGUGGCGGCUUUGCAAAAAUAAAUUUAAGAUAAAACAAAAUAGCAACAUAUAAGACAGUGCUUUGCAAUGCCACCACUAUAAAGGAGUUUCUGCAUUAACAACGCUGUAUGGUGAAUAAAAAGGCACCAUUUAUGUUUGAGAGGGAGGAUGAAGCCUUUUUUUUAAAUGUUAUACUGUAGAUUUUUUUCCCCCAGAAAAAUAUUUCAGAUGCUUUUGUCUGUCCCCUGCAGACUAAAGCAUUGGCAACGUUUUAAUUGACCUGUUGUCCAUUUAUUUAGAACUGAUGUGGUUUUGCUGUUGAAAAAGAGCAACAGUAUGCAGUAGAUGACCUCAUUUUAAGUUAUUUCUACAACGUUUUUGUAAUAAUAUAUGCUAUUGCCACAUUAGUACCACUGUAGCUACCUGCAAUGCUUCACAUGACCGCAGUACUGUAAGAGAAUAAAGUGCACAUAAACAAAAGUUUGUGAUUUUGUUAAGCUGUUGUCACUGAUUAAUACACUGAUAUAAGUAAGACUAAGAUCAGACUAUGUUGUCGCGCUCUCUACUGUAUAUACACAUUAGAAAGAAAGUAUAAUUUCAGGUCAAAGGUUGUAUUACCACAAAAAUAAGUCUUGUCUUUCCUGGAUUUUAAAAUUACAUGAAUGCGACCUCACAAGAAAAGUGACACAUGGCAUUUCAUUCUGGGUUAUUUAACAAAAACUAUGCCCAAAUGCAGUCAUGUUAUGGUAAAACAUCUUAGUACAGCUUCACCUUUUCCAUAGAAAUCAAAAUGAUUUUUUUUAAAUCAGCCCGACGUUUUUAAACAAAUUCAAGAUAGUUCUCAGUCUUCUCAGGAAUAGAGGUUCCACUUAGAUCUCCUUCCCCUUCUGGUGCGUGUCGCAUGCAGUGCUCAGAAACCCUUUACAAGCCCUAACAGCUACAUCUCUGUGUGUUGAAAAUAAAGUUCACAAUAGUGCA